GGGGAGACAUCAGCUGUGUGUCUUCACUCUCUCUCUUUCUCUCAGGUGUUGGAUCAGAGGGUGAAGUCUCUGGAGUCGAGCAUCGAGGCGGAGCGAGCCGCUCACCUGGAGUCCAAGUUCAACUCUGAGAUCAUCCAGCUGCGGGGGCGGGACGUGGAGACGGCGCUGGUGGUGGAGCGGUCCGGCCUGCAGGAGGCGCGGAGCGACCUGGAGCUGCUGAAAGCUCAGUUCAGAGAGGAGGAGCGAGCUCACGGGCUGGAGAGGGAGCGCAGCGGCAGCAAGGAGCGCGCUCUGCAGCGGCUGCAGAAGGAGUACGAGCAGUGCAACUCUGACCUUGGCGUUGCCUUGGAGACGGGGAGGACGGCGACCUCUGACCUCACAGAGCGACUGGAGGAGGAGAAGAGACGACACGCCAACACACACACACUGCUGGAGCAGGCGGCUGGCAGACAGUGUGAUGCAGAGGAGUGUGUGAGCCUCAUCAGAGAUGCACUGCACCAACACACCACACACAUCAGUCCUGCAGCAAAGCAUAUGGGAAGCGGAAGUCCCUCCGCUGAAGUCGUGCAGCUGCUGAAGACGACCCUCGGCACGGACCGCCUCGCACUGGAAGCGGCCGACGGACGGAUCCAGGAUGUGCAGUUGGCGGCGGAGCGGCUGCAGGAGGAGCAUCGGGCGCUCCGACAGCUGAGCUCCGAUCAGAUUAUCUUAACAUUCUCACUGCAGGAGGAGCUGAGUCGCCUUCGCCAGGAGAGCUGCCACUGGGCCACGCAGAGCCGAGGGCUGCAGGCCGACCUGGAGAGAGAGAGGGAGGAGAGGGAGACAGAGAGAGAGAGAGAGAGGGAGGAGAGGACAGCUGAAGUCCAGAAGAUAACUGACCACCAUGAGAAAGAGUCAAAGGCCCGUCUGUCCUUCCUCUACUGCGUCUACCAGCGCCUGCUGGCCGGCUGCGUCCUCCUCCAUCAGCCCCAGAGCAUCCUGGGUAAUUUCACGUGGAAGGAGCUGUGCGACGUCAUCAACGAGCAGCUGGACCAGCUGACCUCUGACCUCCGGGGGGCCAACGACCAGAUCGCCCACCUGCAGAGUGUGUGCGAGAAGAAGAGUGUGUGUGUGCGCGAGCUGCAGCGCAGUCAGGAGUGUGUGUUGUCUCGUGUGGAGGAGAGCGUGAAGAGGAGGGAGGAGGCGUGGAGCAGCCGGCACACACACACUGUGACACAGCUGCAGAACGAGCUGCAGGUGUGUCGCUCUCAGUGCGACUCCCUCCGUGGCAACACCUCCUCUCUGGAGCUCCACGUCUCCACGCUAACCUCCGACCUCUCCCGGCUCGGGGGCCUCCUCUCUCGCAGCCGCAGGGAGUCGGCCUGCUUCCUGUCGGCGUGCGCGCUGCUAGCCGGGGCGCUGAAACACACUCACCGCCGCCUGCAGACGCUCUGCAAACAGAAAACACUGGCGUGCAGACGGCUGGCAGAGAGGGAGGCGCUGGAGGAGGAGGUGAGGAGGCUGGCUGCAGCUCUGGGAGGGGAGGAGGAUGAAGAGGAGGGGAGGAGGAGGAGGGCGGUGAGGCGCUGGAGGAGGAGUGUGUGUGUGGUGUUGGCGGUGCGGAGGUGGUGUGCACUCACCAGACAGACGACAGUGUUGUUCCGGCUGGAGGGGGGGGGCGGCUGUGUCUGUGCAGGGUCGCCAACGGCAACACAGAAGGGCCAAGAUGCUCCGAGCUCAGAUGCUGAUGAUGAAGGUCGUGCAGGUGUGUGUGCUCGCUGGCUUCGCUCCAAACGUCUCUCCUCUGUCAUUCUGUCGUCCAUGGCCGACCUGCAGGGGGCGCUAACACACUCUGGCUCCUCCCGCCAAGACGUGACGUCAGCGGCUCGUUCUGGCUUGGUCCCGCGCCUGGAUCAGCUUCUCGACCAAUCAGACGGGGCGUCCGGUCUGCCUCGCUCGGAGGGGGACGAGGACGUGUAGACCGGCCUGAGCAGCCUGACGCCUCCACAGCCGACGCCAAAGGCGCUGGUGUCCGCCCUGCAGCAGCACUUCCUGCUCCUCAGCCAACGGCUGCACUCGGCCGAGGUGGAGAGGCGGGGCCUGAGGCUGGAGGUGGCCAAUCAGAAGAGAGGACGACGGCAGGAGAGAGAGGAGACCUGCAAGGCAGUCCCAUCAACACAGUUCCACAGUGUGUGUGUGGAGCUCCGUCAGGCGCUGAGCAGGGAACAGGAAGCCCAGACACUCAUUCAGGAGCAGAGCAACCAGCUGCACACACUGCAGCUCCGAGUCCACACACACACCGCCGAGCAGACCGACACACAACACACACUGAGCCAGACCACACAGUCUCUGUCGGAGGCUCGGCAGGAGGUGAGCCGGAAGGAGCGCUCGCUAAGGAUUCUGGGUAAGCACCUGUCGGGGGUUCAGAGGGAGAGGAAGCAGCUGGAGGAGAGACUGCAGCGAGUGGAGGACGAGCUGACGGACGCCGCCAGACGUCAGGGCUGUCUGAUCAGCAACAUGGCGGCUGCAGAGACGAGUUACAAGCAGCUCAGAGAGAGGCUCGUCCAAUCACGUCGCUCCCUGUCAGCUCAGCCCCACCCCCUGCCGUUACCCAGGGAACACCUGGAGCUGAGUGGAGCAGAGAGCAUCAUGGGAGCUCCUGAGGUGGCAGCCUGCCAGAGUCUCCUCUCCUGCGUGUCGCAGCUCUUCCACACCUGCAGCUCCCGGAUCCACUGGCUGCAGCAGGAAGUCGACGCCCACCGCAGUCACGUGACCGCGCUGCGCGGCGAGCUGCAGGACGCCUGUCUCCGGGACAACCUCACCUACGUACCUAAGGCUGAUUUUCCAGAAACUUUUGCGUUUGCUGACGUGGAAACCCCUCAACCUGUUCUCCUCUCUGAUUCGCCGAAAGAGCCAUCAGUCAGUUUAAGCACCGCCCCCUCCCAGACAAACCCCGCCCAUCCCAAAACGAAGGAGAAGAAAGCCGUGAAGAAGAAGAGAGCAGGCAGAAGAUCGACCGCCGGGCCUGGAAUGUGAUUUUAGCAACAUCAGUCUGCGUGUGUGGAAGUUCUGGAAAACUCUUCAACACACUCCUGGAAAGUUCUGGAAAGUUCUGGAAAGAUUUGACGUUCAGACAAUCAGAACAUUCAACAUUAUUUCUGUUUAUCUUUAACAGCUGCUUGGUGAAGACCAUCUGGUGUGUGUGUGUGUGGUGUGUGAGUGUGUGUGUGUGUGUGUGUGAGUGUGUGUGUGUGUGUGUGUGUGUGUGUGUGUGUGUGUGUGUGUGUGUGUGUGUGUGUGUGUGUGUGUGUGUGAGUGUGAGAGACAGUGCAGAUGGUUUCAGUAAAAUAUUUCUGCUCGUAAACUUUGCCUGAGUUUUUUUCAAACAAACAAAUGAGAAUAUAUUCAGAUAUAAAGAGAUGGUGACUGUGUGUUACAUCCCGUCAACGUGUGUGUGUGUGUG